GAUUGGUCAAAAGACCAAUUUGUGGGAAAAAAGGAUCAGAAUUGGGCUGCCUGUGUAAACGCAGCCAGAGAGCAAGUGCGACUACAUUAUUAACUUUCCCUUCUCUUCAAAGGUCACCUCACUCUUCACCUUCCAUAAACUACCGUACCAGGUCUGGCUCAUGAUGGUGAAGAGGCGUAUGUUUCCUCUACUGAUAGCUUCUGCUCUGGCAGUCAUGGUCUACAUCAUCUUCACAUUGUCCAGGUACCGUGAAGACUGCCGUACGAUCAAGAAACUAAAUAAAAGUGGUAAAAGGAAAAAAUUGUCUUGGACACACAUUUCUGCUGUAGAAAUACAACAUCUGUCCAUGAUUCCUCAGGUCACAGCCAGGCAACCACCAGCACCUCUAUCCGCGCCACAUCUCUGACCAGUCCAUCACGCCUGUCAACGACACCAAACACUUCAUGGUGGGGGCCUACAAGGAACAUCGUGUGACGGGAUGCUCCGUACGCAUCAUCAGUAUCUUCAGACGAGACUCUGUCCAGCCUCUGUACUGUGUGUUCUACUGUGGGACUCACUGGGCUAAUGGAACGAAGGCUGAAGUCCAGAUGCACUCUGACCACUUUGGUACCUGCUAUUUGCUAUUUGGUUUUAGCCCUGCACUGACACACCUGAAUCAACACCUGAAUUAAUGAAAUAAGGGGCUUGGUGAUUCGCUGAUUAGUUUGUUGAUUUAGUUUUCCCUAUACUGUAAAUAUAUGUGUCCCUGUUCUGUAUUGGGAUAAAGGUUUCCCCUUCGUGACGACCGACGUCCUUUGUCCGAAUCUUCCCGACUGCAACCCGUCACACGUGACCCUCGCCACACAAGCUGACGCCAAGCUCGCUCGGAACCAAUCCUUCCUCCGCAUCCAGAACCUUGUGAAAAUGGAGGAAGAGGAGUUUCAAUUCAACUUCACUGUCUGUUGGUCCAAUUUAUUUGGUGAUUAUAACAACGUGCUUCAGGUCACCCAGACUCUGGAGAUGUACAAGUGGGUAUUGAUUGAGUGAUUGUUUGGUUGGUUGAUUGAUUGAUCGAUUAAUCAACUGGUUGAUUGAUUGAUUAAUGAAUUGCUAUAUUGCAGGUUGUUGGGAGUGCAGCAUGUUGUGGUGUAUAACACCAGCUGUGGACCAGACCUGGAGAGACUGCUACAGAGUUAUACACAGGAGGGCUUUGUGGAGGUAGGAAUUGAUUGAUUUGAUGGAUGGAUUGAUAGAUAGAUAGGAUUAAUUAAUUGACUAAUUGAUUGACUGCAGGUGGUGCCCUGGCCUAUCGACCAACACAUGAGCCCGUCCCGUGGGUGGCAACCCAUUGAACAUGGAGGGGACAUCCACUACUACGGCCAGUUGACCACUCUGAAUGACUGUGUCUACAGACAUAUGUAUCAGUCACGCUAUGUACUGCUGAACGACAUAGAUGAGAUUAUAACUCCAUACCAGCAUCAAACCCUGCCCCAGAUGAUGGAUGUACUUCAGAAGCAACACCCAAAGGUAGGGGGAGGACUCAGGGAAGUAGUGUGUAUGUGUGUUAAGGAAGAUCAUUAUGUGUGUAGUGUGCAUGAUAGGCUGUGUUUACACAGGCAUCCCAAUUCAGAAUUUUUUGCCAAUUAUUUGGCAUAUCUGAUACAAAUCCGAUAAUGUGUAAACAGGAAUUUCUGAUCUUUGGUGUUUUUGGUUUUUAAUAGUUUUUUGGGCCAAUCACAUCAGAUCUUCUCACAGCAGAUAUUUUUUAGAACUGAACUGAUUGGUCAAAAGACCAAUUAGUGAAAAAAGAUCUGAAUUGGGCUGACUGUAAACGCAGCCAUGGAAUCUUACCUUUUGAGUUCUGAUACCACAUUCGUCUGUGGUUCUCAUCCUCAGUCUGGAUGUUCAGAUCAGAAUUGUUGUGCUCUGAAGUGUUUGUUUUUGCACAUGACCUGCCGUUACCAAGAUAACCACCCCAACAUUUAAAGAAACAGUGACAGGAAAUGAGCAUUGUGUUUGCGUGCUAUUUCGUAUGCUACAUCAGUGUGAAUGUGCAAAUCUGAUAUGGGUCAAAACACAAUAAAAGUGUGGACAGUGAGAAAAAUAGAUUGGAUAUGAAGGAAAAAAAUCUGAAUUCAUUCUCUCUCUUUCGCCUUCUCUCACUCCACCCGCAUCUCCCCAGGCCGAAGUGUUCCUCAUAGAGAACCACAUCUUCCCUAAGUCCCAGUUUGAGCCCAGUGGAAAGUUUGAACGGCCCCGCUGGAGGGAUGUUCCAGGGAUCAACAUCAUGGAGCACAUCUACAGAGAGGAGCCAGACUAUCGCAUCUACCACCCUUCCAAGAUGAUAGUACGGCCCAGGUUAGAAUCUACCACCCCUCCAAGAUGAUAGUACGGCCCAGGUUAGAAUCUACCACUCCUCCAAGAUGAUAGUACGGCCCAGGUUAGAAUCUACCACCCCUCCAAGAUGAUAGUAUGGCCCAGAGUAGUAUACUAAGAAGCUAGCUAGAUAUACUCAGGGUUUUCUAAAGCUAGCCAGCUUCAGUUAGCUUCACCUUCCAGCUCAGGCUUCAUCAGUAUUACAGACUUGUAACUGCGCAUGCAUGUCACACGUGGCUAGUCGAACGCCAAACUCUUCAUAAACCCCUUUCUGUGUUUGCAAGCAAUGUCCUGCUUAACAUAAUGUGUGUGUCAUCAUCGCAAAUCAACUGCAUUACACUUAAAAAACACUUCAACUUCAACCAGUUAAAUGGCUAUUUUUCUAGCUUUUGCUACAGCCUAUGUAAAUGAGCGUUAGCAUUCUAGCUAACAACUGCUGCAUCCAAAAUAGUUAUUUUGCAAAGAUCACAACCAAAUAUAAUCUUAGCGGCUGUUCAAGCAAUAAUCAAACGUCAUUGUAACCCCAAAAAGUUAUUUUGUUUAGAAGUAAUAAAAACGUACUAUGAUGAAUGGGCGCAGAUGGCGAUGGCUUUCUUACUGCAGCCAAGAGUCGUGCGCAUCUGUGCGUGACGUCAGUGUGUCGUAUAAAGGUGUAUAUUAAGACAAUGCUGAAACAUAAAUCCAUGGGCGAGUCAGUGUCACAUUUUCAUUAUUUCCUAAAUCAACAUGAAAGAAAAGCUAUCUUGCAAAUUCAGCAGGUGAUGUUGUGAAAAAGGUCAUUAGAAGUUCUCUCUUUGUUUUAUUACGUAUCGUUAAUGCCGUCUUUGGUGUGCUUAUCAAUGCACACGCACCUUUUUUCUCACUCUUAUCGAUAAAAUAAUUGUAUAAAGUCAUACAAAAGUUAUACUGUGUGUGAAGUUUCAAAUGCAGCCAGUCAUUACUUAAUGUGUAAUGUGAUAAGUAUUUUAAUAUUACGAUUAUUUUACACAAAAAAAAUACAUUUGAUUAAUACAAUAUUUAAUCAGUGGUCUUCUUCAAAUGAAAGGGAUGAUGGGAACCUGAUUUCAUUGGUCCUCAACUCACGACUAAGACAUUUCAUUCAGGAUAAGUAGAGUUAGCCCUGAGUUUGCCUGCCCCAGAGCAGGUUAGUUCUGAAGGAUUCGUUGCCAUAGAAAUGUACCUGGCUAAAAGGUGAGCCACAUUUGUGUUAGUGGUUAUCUCAAGUUGAACUCAGAGUUCGUAGUAUAGGGCUCUGGUUAGAAUCUACCACCCCUACAAGAUGAAAGUACGACCCAGGUUAGAAUAGAAUAGAACCUCUGUCUAACAACCCUUCUGUGUCUCUGACUCCAGGGCAGUGGAGCAGACGUCGGUCCACUCUGUCUAACAACCCUUCUGUGUCUCUGACCCCAGGGCAGUGGAGCAGACGUCGGUCCACUCUGUCUAACAACCCUUCUGUGUCUCUGACCCCAGGGCAGUGGAGCAGACGUCGGUCCACUCUGUCUAACAACCCUUCUGUGUCUCUGACCCCAGGGCAGUGGAGCAGACGUCGUUCCACUCUGUCUAACAACCCUUCUGUGUCUCUGACCCCAGGGCAGUGGAGCAGACGUCGUUCCACUCUGUCUAACAACCCUUCUGUGUCUCUGACCCCAGGGCAGUGGAGCAGACGUCAGUCCACUCUGUCUAACAACCCUUCUGUGUCUCUGACCCCAGGGCAGUGGAGCAGACGUCAGUCCACUCUGUCUAACAACCCCUUUGUGUCUCUGACCUCAGGGCAGUGGAGCAGACGUCGGUCCACUCUGUGCUGCGUAACUUCGGCCAGACAGUGAAGGUUCCUCCUGAUGUGUGUCAUAUCAUCCAUGUCAGAGUUCCCCUACGAGGACGACUGACCAAGAAAGAGCUGCAUGAAGACAAGAGGGUCUGGGACUAUGAGAGACAACUGGUGCCUAAUGUUGAUAAAGCACUAGAUCAAGCAGGACUACUAAUCUGAGGGUAGGAAGGAAGGAAGGAAG